AUGGCAACUCAAGACAAUAAGGAAGUGGUAGCUCUCAUGAAUCCAAAUGUGGGUAUGGCGGCUAGCCAAGUUUGUGAUUUCACCAGUAUGAACCCUCCAGAAUUCUAUGGCUCUAAAGUAGAUAAGGAUCCACAAGAAUUCAUUGAGGGUAUUGCUAAGAUUAUGGACAUUAUGGGUAUUAAUCUGAAUGAUAAGGCGGACCUAAUAGUGUAUCAAAUCAAAGGAGUUUCACGAGUUUGGUAUGGCAAUACAAGGAUGAAAGAUGUAGAGAUGAUGGUCCCAUUGAUUGAGAAGAAUUCAAGAUUCAAUAAAGAUAGGGUGUCUAACCCUAAGCCUCAAGGAGGAGCUCCGAGUGGUCAACCUAUUCUCCCAUGCAAGAAGUAUGGGAAAAAGCAUCUUAGAGAAUGUCUAGCGGGUUUGGGUGAUUGUUUUGGUUGUGGUAAGACGGUUCAUCAAGUGAAAGAUUGUCCUUCGAGCGCUACUAGAGGUGGAGAUGGUCGACUCCAAACUCUGACUACUACAGGAAAACUAGCUCAGCAUGGUACUACUUUAGGUAACGGUUAA